AGCUGAGUUGUGCGACCAUGAAGGUCAAGGUCAUCCCUGUGCUUGAGGACAACUACAUGUACCUGGUCAUCGAGGAGCCUCGGGAGGCUGUGGCAGUGGAUGUGGCCGUGGCCAAGAGGGUGCUGGAGACUGCAAGCCGGGAAGGGGAGUCUCUGGCUGCAGUGCUGACCACCCACCACCACUGGGACCAUGCCCGUGGAAGUGAGGAGCACCAGGUGCAGCCAGGGCUGGUGGCGAUGGGCGCAGAUGAGCGCAUCCCUGCACUGACUCGAAAGCGGGCACACGGCGAGGACCUGCGGUUCGGGGCCAUGCAUGUCCGAUGCCUGCUGACUCCCGGCCAUACCUCUGGUCACCUGAGCUACUUGUGGGAGGAUGAAUGUCCGGCCCCACCUGCGCUCUUCUCAGGUGUAGCAACUCCUGGCUCACCCAUCCCAGUGCUCUGGCCUACCCUGCUCCCAGGAGACGCGCUGUCAGUGGCUGGCUGCGGCUGGCACCUGGAGGGCAGCGCUCAGCAAAUGUAUCAGAGCCUGACUGGGACCCUGGGCACCCUCUCCCCCGAGACCACUCUCCUCUUCCAGAAGGUAUUCUGUGGUCACGAGCAUACACUAAGCAACCUUGAGUUUGCACAUAAAGUGGAACCCUGCAGCGACCAUGUGUGAGCCAAGCUGUCCUGGGCCCAGAGAAGGGAUGAGGAUGACAUGCCCACUGUACCCUCAACCUUGGGAGAGGAGUUCCUUUACAGUCCCUUCCUGAGGGUAGGAGAGGAGCCGGUGCAGGAGUUCACAGGCCGCACAGCACCUGCUGAGGUCCUGCCGGUGCUCUGUGGGGAGCGAGCAGCCUUCCAGCGUGCUGCUGAGCCACUGCAACCUCAGGCGCGGGCUCUCCUUGCACUGCAGUGGGGGCUCCUAGGUGAACCUGGGCAGAAAUGAGCCGCAAAGGGAGCCUGCUUGCCUCGUGCCACUCUGGUGGACUGGACCCACUUAAGGAUGGCUUCUCGAACACGCCUAAAGUCCUGCCCAGCCGGCCGCCCAGUCUGGGAGGAGCAGCAAGGGGUGCCCUCCAUCUGUCGUUUAUGGGGGUACAGGCAAGAUCUCUGUGGGGCUUCAUGGGCCUGAGAAGGAGUUACCCGGGACUUUGAACCCUGAAUAAAGCUCCGAAAGGCCUUCCUCGGGGCUGCAGAUACUCCGAAAAGCCAGCUGUCUCCACAGUUGUUGGGCGCGCCCCUUUAUUAAAGGUGAAGCUUGGUAGGACACAGGCCUGGGGACCCAGCAUUGAGGUACCGCGCUUACCCCAGACA